AGGUGUUACAACUAGAUCUUCUACUGGUUGAAACAAAAACAAAAUUGAUAUACGAAGUAUUUCGAAGUUUAUCGUUCCAUUUUUAUCCGUGACCUGUUUCUAUGAUUCCAUCGAAUUUCAAUACGUAGGAUGGUCCAGUAAUGGAUACGCUGGGCACCAUUACACAACUCUCUUCUACAAGGGAUCUGCCGGGCUUCACCUGCUACGAAGUUCAACUAACGGACAAUGUGUCAAAUAUGAGUACAUGUAGCCUGAAUUGGACGGAAACUCAGUGCAGACCAUCGAAGAUAUCGCACGUCAUCGCGGAAGGGAUAGAGCAUGAAGAUGUCAGCGACGACGACGAUGGCGAGAUGAAAGAAAACUUAGACAAGGAGAACGAGGACAAAAACAUGGUCGGCACUAAGCUGUCGCCAGAAGACCAAAGCAAAAAACAAUCACAGAUAGCAUCAACAUUAAAAUGGUUGGCUGAGAAUUAUGAACGAGCAGAAGGGGUCUGUCUUCCGCGAUGUGUUCUUUAUACUCACUAUCUGGAUUUUUGUAAGAAGAACAAAUUCAGCCCUUCCGGUGCUGCGACAUUCGGCAAGGUCAUACGGCAACGAUUUCCCAAGCUGACUACUCGGAGACUGGGAACACGUGGACAGUCGAAAUACCAUUACUAUGGCAUUGGUAUUAAAGAGACGUCCAUCUAUUACCACUCGGUGUAUUCCGGUCGGGGACUGACACGGUUUUCGGGAACUAAAAUCAAGACAGAGGGCACAAGUCGAAAGUAUUCCUUGAGCUCGAAGACUGGCACAUUGCUUCCUGAGUUUCCAGAUGCAAACAAUUUAAAACUUCCAGAUAGUGUCUCGUGUGAAAAGGCUGAAACUUUCAUAAUGAUGUACCGAACACAUUGUCAGAGAAUACUGGAUACUAUCAUCAACGCUAAUUUUGACGAGGUCCAGAAUUUUCUUCUCCACUUUUGGCAAGGCAUGCCUGAUCAUUUAACGUCGUUACUGUCGUGUGACGUCAUCGUUGACAUAGUUGGUCUAUGCGAUACAAUACUUUAUAAAGUGAUGGUGGAUGUUUUGAUACCGUCAACUAUCCAAGACCUGCCAGAUACUUUGAGUGCUGAAAUUAAGGUAUUUGCUAAACGGAUACCGGAAUGGCUAUCCAGCUCAUUGGAAGAAGCGCCAAAGAGACUAUCAGAUAAGAAAAUGGCAGUUGUCAAGACGUUUAUUCAGAGCUUAAAACGACAAACAUCAUUCGUACACCUGGCGCAGACCGCCCGUAGUGUGUUGCUCAGCCAUGAAAAUGUCAAUCAAAUGGCCAAAGAUUUAAACGAAGUUGACUUCAGAAGUAUUUGGACGCAAGGAGUGAUAUGUUCACCGGAACUUUUUAAUAAUGAUUCACAAAAUGCAAGAGAGUUCAUAAACGAGUUUGAAAGUUUAUUGAACAAACAAGCACCACUAGAGGCGUAUACAGAAUGGAUUGACAGCCUUAUUGAUCGAUGUGUUUUGGAGACAACCAAAGAGAAUGCCAAGCCUUUCAGGGAACGGGCCCGCCAGUUUCUGCUGCAUUGGUCGUUUUUUACGUCUCGUGUAAUGCGGGAUCUCACCUUGCGAAGUGCCCCGAGUUUUGGUUCAUUCCAUCUGAUUCACAUGAUGUUCGAUGAGUACGUAUUUCUAGUGAUGGAGACUCAGCAAAACCAAUUCGAUGAAACCAGCAUGCAGAAAAAUGUCAAGAAAUACAUGAAGACUGCGGGUGAAAUUAAUACGAAGGCUAAAGUGAGAUCAGCGCCCUCGAAAGGUGACAGUGGCGGUAGUAAGGCAAAGAAGAGGCGUCUGGAUAGCGAGAAUGCUGAAGAUGGAGACCAAUCAAUAAUACCAUCGCCAUUACUAGGCUCAUCAAUAAAAUCAAAAGACUUCCUGGAAAUAUCGUGCAGCAACAACACGGCAUUUACUCGUCCACAACCACAUAGUGCUACUUACGGCAGUGAUUUUCAUACUGACAUUAACUACCCCGAUUUCACGACCCCUUCUGGCUACCACCAUGCAUUAACGGGGUCAACACAAGGUUAUUUUAAUUCACCCUUAAAACACUAUUCUCCUGUAACGGGUCUCAAUGGAUGUUCUACAUAUGAUCGGACCACCACCGCUGCUUAUAUCUCACACAUGAACUCGACGGCAAGUUACUCAGAUCCUUUCAGAAACUCGUAUAACUCACCACUGGAAUCGAGCCAAUUAGUACCGACAACGGUACACUACAACACCGGAAUCAACAUUCCACCAAGCCCGUCGUUUCACUCACAGUCCAGUUUCUGGGCGGACAAUCGAAUUUCGUCGUGCAUGGGUUACAAUGACAGUUACGGUAGCUACCAAGGGGGGUCCAUCGGUAUGGGCGGAAGUUACGGAAUGAACUCAGGAUUCGGUAAAAGAAAUGGCGUAUUCCCCUCAAGUCCAUUGCCAACACCCGGACACAAUUCAUUCGAUGACUCCACGGGUAGGUCAGCAUUUGAAGCCACACGAACAAUCAUUAUUAUACAAGACCCAUGA